UUCUACCUCGGCAUCUUGUUCUGGAACAAAAAUCGAAUUUUACUGACAAAACAAACAACAACAACAAAAACCCCACCUAUUCGGGGUUAGGAAGCGGGAGGAAGUCUGGACAAAAGUGGCUCUCAAUCUAGCACGUGCACAUUGGAGCAGUUUAAGGAUUUAAUAUGAAGCGCAGAAGCAGAUAGUGCCAAAUAGCAAGCCUGUUGUUUCACAUUUCUGGAAAAGCAGUGUCCGUGUUGUUAUGUACACCUCCAAAAACAGUUCAGAUCUGUAGGGGAGUUGUUGUAAAGUAAACAGCUACAGGGUAGCAGUAUUACUAGCUAUUGUAGACGUAUUUGCUCUGUUAAAAUGAGUAAGAGAACGGGCAGUGACACACCACUAGGAAGGGUGAGUGGGGCAGCAUUUCCUUCUCCCACUGCUGCUGAGAUGGCAGAAAUUAGUCGAAUUCAGUAUGAAAUGGAAUACACCGAAGGUAUUAGUCAGCGGAUGAGGGUUCCGGAAAAGUUAAAAGUGGCGCCAGCAAAUGCUGACCUGGAGCAAGGAUUCCAAGAAGGGGUUCCCAAUGCCGGAGUGAUUAUGCAAGUCCCAGAGAGGAUCGUUGUUACAGGAAAUAAUGAAGACAUUUCAUUUUCAAGACCAGCAGAUCUUGACCUUAUUCAAUCUACUCCCUUUAAACCUCUGGCACUGAAAACACCACCACGAGUGCUCACACUGAGUGAGAGACCGCUAGAUUUUCUGGAUUUAGAAAGACCACCUCCAACUCCUCAAAAUGAAGAAAUCCGAGCAGUUGGCAGGCUAAAAAGAGAACGUUCUAUGAGUGAGAAUGCUGUUCGCCAGAAUGGACAGCUGGUCAGAAACGAUUCCAUGUGGCACAGAUCAGAUUCUGCCCCAAGAAAUAAAAUUUCAAGGUUCCAGGCAUCGAUUUCUGCACCGGAGUACACGCAUGCUAAUGUGACACCAUCGCCACCACAGACUCGGGUCUGUCCUCCCCAUAUGCUACCUGAAGAUGGAGCUAGUCUUUCCUCUGCCCGUGGCAUUUUGUCGCUUAUCCAGUCCUCUACCCGUAGGGCUUACCAGCAGAUCUUGGAUGUGCUGGAUGAAAAUCGCAGUGUGAGAAGACAAAAUGAGAUACGUUGUGAAAGACCUGUGUUGCGUGGUGGGUCAGCUGCCGCCACUUCUAAUCCUCAUCAUGACAACGUCAGGUAUGGCAUUUCAAACAUAGAUGCAGCCAUUGAAGGAGCAUCAGACGACAUGACGGUGGUAGAUGCAGCUUCAUUAAGACGUCAGAUAAUCAAAUUAAAUAGACGUCUGCAACUUCUAGAAGAGGAGAAUAAAGAACGUGCUAAAAGAGAAAUGGUCAUGUAUUCAAUUACUGUAGCAUUCUGGCUGCUUAAUAGCUGGCUCUGGUUUCGACGCUAGAGGUAACCUCAGCAUUCACAUAUAUUGUCUCAACACCUGGAAAUAUAAAGGAUUUGCAAACUUCAUUGUUUCUGUCUUUGCAUUGUAUGCUGUUUUAGGGACCUGUUCUGUUACUGAUCUGCAUUCAGCUAGUUCUGCAGUGGCACCUACACACUCUCCUUUUGCAUGUUUUGUAAAUAGGCUCUUGGUUUGUUUGUUUGUUUUUAAAGAAAAUCAUUUUUUGGGGCCUCAUCAGUCUGUACAGCUAAUUCUCUAAAAGGAAAUGACAGUCAUAAAGAGUGAGUUUAGAAAACUAUAUGUAAAAGAAAACAGUGUUGCUCAAAUGAUUAAUUUCUUUGAUAGAUGCUUUUUGUGUCUGCAUCACAACGUUAAUGCUUUUGAAGUCAUAGUCUGGUGCAGCACUUAAGAAAAAUCAAACCACCUAAUUCUUGAUCACCUGUACAGAGGGCGUGUAAAAACUCCUAAUGAUUCAGCAGUUUAUCUGUGUGCAAUAUGUUGUUCUGAUUUUCAUCUUAGUUUUCUAUAAAAUAUGUUUUUACCAAGUCCAUGUGUGAAUAAUUUAAAAACUAAAAAAAUAAAGUAUAAAUGUAGUGUACUUAAUAAAAUGUCAACCAAA